AUGUCAGCACAGCCAGAGGUAAAGGAAGUUUUGAGGAGAGACGACGCAGAAGGGGAUGGAGAAACCCUUCAAGGCGCAGAUUUAACACCAGGCAAUGAGCACAAAAAGCACCACACGAAGAAGCCGCCUUAUGCCGAUGGUUCUCCAACCACUGCUUCGGGGAAGAAGAAAACGGAGACCGCCCGAGGCGAAGGUGAAGGGAGUGCUGCAGCAGCAACUGACGUCCAGUUGCCAAGUGACACCAAAAAAAAGAAAAAGGGGAAGAAGAAGGCUGUAGCUGCAGCUAUCGAAAACGCAGAGUCGAUAGAAAACGCAGAAAGUCAUCACCAAACCAGCGGUAGCUCCGGAACGCGAAAACCAACCCUGUUACUCUGCGACAACGCAGCAGCAGUCGCUUUGGGGAAUCUCGUGGCCAUUCAGAGGCACGCUUCCACGAGGGCUGAUGGAGCAGAGGACAUGGAUGGGGGACAGUGGAUUGAAGAAGUAGAAGAUGACGAGACGGAGCAAAUACUAGCCAAGGCAGAAGCCUCUGCAAGGCGAAUCGGAGAGUUGAGAGCGGAGAUGUCAACCUUCGCCACUAAGCCUCUCGAUAGUUACUUCAACGAGUUCACGAGUGUAACGCAAGGCAAGGCACUAAAAGUCGGGGUUGCAGACGAGGAGGAAGUGAUUGCAGUUGAACAGAAAGAAGCCCAGGCUAACAUCGCUGCGUGCGUGGCCAGACAACACGAGCUACAGGAGCAGCAGCAGCGACUGUUGAUAUGCGAACAAGUUGUUCGCAAGAGAACCCUAGAUGAGGUAGAGAAAAGAGAAGCAAAGCUGAAAGUUCUCAAGCGUCAAGCAGAGAAGCAUGACAUUGCGAGGCAGGACCACCUCGUGAAGCUGGUGCGUGAGUGUGAAUGCAAAAUGGAGGCUUUGAUGGGACGGCGGAAAGGUCGUCUCUCUGCUGUUUAUGGCCUUCUGAAAAAAGAAGGGGAGUACACCGCAGUAGCUGUUGAGCAGGACGACGCUAAGGCAAAAGAGAGGACAGACUUUGUUCCUCUAGGUGGCACUCGUCUCCGUUGGAGCGGACUGCAUACUAUAGAGCAGAAGCUACAGGAAACAACGGAUGCACGAAGGAGAAGUAGCCUCGCUUUUACAACCUCUGCAAACGGAGACAAAGACUUCUUAGAAACCGCAAAUGACGACAUUCCAGGAGCAGCAGCUGUCACCAAACCUGUGGAAUUUGCAGCAAAUUUUAAUGAUGAAUGCCUCAGGCAAGGUCUCUGUCGUUCCCCAUUCUGCAUCACUUUGCUGAAGCCGAUUGACGUCCCUUUACUGCGUGGGCCAGUGGACCCAUCAGUUCGCCGUUAUUUUGAUAUGGAUCAGCUCAUCAGAACGAACCUCGAUUCCUGGCUAUGUAACCUAUAUUUCCGCUGUCAGCUGCUUCCACAAUACACCAGAGGGCAAGUUGAAUUUGAGUUGCAGCUUGAGCAUGCGGCAGCGUUGCUCGGAGGAAAAAGAAAGGAGACCCUAAGUUCUAAAUCCCAGCAACAUCAUCCCGUUUGGGGAACUGAUGAGCGCGCAAAGGCCGAGGACCUGGUUCAGCAGCUUGUCAGCGCACUUCAAGCAUGCGAAGAGUUGGCUGAAAGUAAUGAGGAGGCUUGUCCUGCUGCAAUUGUGACGAAGGACGGAGUGCGCGCUUGGCGGCACAGAGAUUCGCCCUCAGCCUUAUAUUCCAUUCCUGAUGUUCACGCACUUCAAGAAUACAGCUACUCAGUCUACUGCGGCACGACCCUAUCGCACCCCAGCGAGGCGUCGCGAAAGCUUAAGUACUUGAAGAGCUCCUUGCUGGACGAUUUCCAGCCAUCUUUAGACAAACAUGAAGUUGGCACGAUGAUCAGCGCCUUGAUAUGCGCCGUCCUCGCAUUAUGGUGUUGCAGCCUCCUUUUCAGUCUAGGGGUGUGGUUGUACCUGCGUAUCGCAAAAGUCCCAGUGUACAACAUCGAGUUUAGCGCCUUCUAUGUUCGCCUUGACUUCGUGCAGGAAUUGUUAUCUCUUGGACAAAUAAUUUGCAUAUCUGUGGCGGGGCCUGCCGCGUCCCUCGCUGCCUUCGUCAUUGCCUCAGUUGUCGUUUACAUUGCCAAUGGGACAGUGGGAAGACAACCAAAUCCAGUUUACCAGUUUCUUAGUGCUCUAGGAGCAGCAACUGCCCUGAGCCCCGCCCUUAUGGCUUUGAUUGAGGGUCUAAAAGGAGAAUCCUUGGGCAUUUCUCUUAUGCUCUCUAACUACUAUAUUAGGGAUGUCCACAACGCAACGCUAGGAGUCAUAAUUUCUCUUCUAAUUGACCUAGCCUUUAUAGGACUUGGCACAAUAGUACGUCAUGCCUCAUUCCUAAGCUUUAGGUAG